GCGGCGGUGUCUCUUCAUCCUCCAAACCCUAGACAAAGCCGGACGCCUUCCACCGAGCUAGAGCCGUAGGGUUUUCACUCGACUGUGCAGCAGGCAGGCUCUCCUCCAGCUCCCAGGUUUGACAAGAUGUACACGUCGAGGAGGAAGAUCCACAAGGACAAGGAUGCUGAACCCACUGAGUUUGAGGAGUCUGUUGCCCAGUCCUUCUUUGACUUGGAAAAUACCAACCAGGAGCUGAAAAGUGACUUGAAGGACCUUUACAUAAAUGCAGCAGCUGAAAUUGAUGUUUCUGGGAGCAAAAAGGCUGUUGUUAUUCAUGUUCCAUAUAGAUUGAGAAAAGCUUUCCGCAAGAUUCAUGUUAGGCUUGUGCGAGAGCUUGAGAAGAAACUUAGUGGGAAGGAUGUGAUUGUGAUUGCUACCCGCAGGAUAUCAAGACCGCCAAAGAAAGGUUCUGCAGCUCAACGCCCUCGCAGCCGCACACUCACAACGGUGCAUGAUGCAAUGCUUGAGGACAUUGUAUUGCCUGCUGAGAUUGUUGGAAAGCGCGUUAGGUAUCGACUCGACGGUUCCAAAGUUAUGAAGGUUUUCUUGGACCCGAAAGAACGGAACAGCACAGAGUACAAGCUGGAGACUUUUUCAGCUGUCUACAGGAAACUUGCUGGCAAAGAAGUUGUGUUCGAAUAUCCAAUUACGGAGGCAUAGACCUGCUAGCAAAGAAAAUCAGAUGUUUCUUUUCUAGUUUCAUACUCCAAAUUUUGGCGUCGAGAGAAGUCGGCUUAUGAUGAUUGAACCUUUGUUGGGGGGUUUUUACUAUUUAUCUCGUUAUAAACUUUGUCUUUUAUCCUAUGAAUCAGGCAUUAUCCUCAACUUUUGAUCUGAUUCAUUCUUCUCAAAGUUGUAGUGGAGGCCAAUGUCAGCUGACAAUUGCUAUGCGGUUCUUGAAAA